AUGACAGCCAACACUGACAUGCGCCAUGUCCAGGGCAUCAUCCACGCGUACCAAACUGGGGACAUCGCCCUGGGCAACACCACCAGCAUGGGGCGCUGGGAGAUCGUGGGCUCCUUCUUCUUUUCCGUGUCCACCAUCACCACCAUCGGCUAUGGCAACCUGAGCCCCCACACGAUGGCCGCCCGCCUCUUCUGCAUCUUCUUUGCUCUGGUGGGGAUCCCGCUCAACCUCGUGGUGCUCAACCACCUGGGGCACCUCAUGCAGCAGGGUGUGCACGGCUGUGCCCGCAGGCUGGGGGGCGCCUGGCAGGACCCGGCCAAGGCCCGCUGGCUGACGGGCUCGGGCGCCCUCCUCUCGGGCCUCCUGCUCUUCCUGCUGCUGCCGCCCCUGCUCUUCUCCCACAUGGAGGGCUGGAGCUACAUGGAAGGCUUCUACUUCGCCUUCAUCACCCUCAGCACCGUGGGCUUCGGCGACUACGUGAUCGGGAUGGACCCCUCCCGGCAGUACCCACUGUGGUACAAGAACACAGUGUCCCUGUGGAUCCUCUUUGGGAUGGCGUGGCUGGCCUUGAUCAUCAAACUCAUCCUCUCCCUGAUGGAGACCCGGGGGCGAUCAUAUUCCUGCUACCGCCACAGCUCCAAGGGCGACUUCCAGCCCCGAAGCUGGAGGCAGGGCCCAGAGGGAGAGGCAGAGCGCCACUCCCCACGGCCAGGCUGCUACCCGGAGGGGCCUGGGGGAGCCAGGCCGCCUUCGGAACCCUCGGCUCAGGUCUCACGCUGUGGGAAGGAGAGCUAGUUACACUCCAGGGAUUGUCCCACCUUCUUUCCCAGUAGCAAGACCCCUAUUUUAAUCUUGGUGCAGGGCCACCCAGACGAAAGACGACAUUUUUUAUGUCUUAUUUUGAGACUAGGUGCAGUGUUGUGAACAAAUUCUGCCCAAUAGGGUCCAUAAAGAAGUAUCCUGUA